AUGGCCCCCCAGCUGCUGGUCGCGGCUGAUAAGUACGGCUUGUCAGGCCUGAAGGCACAGUGCGAGCAGCAGCUGGCUGCACAGCUCAGCCUUAAGAAGGCCGCCGCCGCCUUCAUAAAGACUCAUAUUUUACACGUGAUGGCGACAAAGGGCUGGCCAGAUACACUGCAUUGUCAGCCUGAAGAUCUGAUUGAAGUGCUGAAGCUGCUGUCUGAGCCACCUGCAGAAACCAGCACUCCAGCCACUGGUGACAGCGAGGUCACCCCCACCAGUCAGCUGCACACUGGCCACAAAAACUGCAGCAGGGCUCCUGUUCCAGCUGCAAAGCACACAGCUACCUGCCCCACUUCCACAUUUGACGAUGCUUCCGUCUCUUUCCUGCGGACCCUCUCUGCAGCGGAGAAAGGAAGGAGGCUGAUCAAGGCAGCUAGCGAUGGGACAGUGCAAGAGCAGCAGAUGCUGCUGGCAGCUGGGGCUGAUGUGGGUGCGACGGAUGGGAACAAGAAUACUGCCCUGCACUGGAGAGCCUGGGAGGGUCACGUGGAAGCGGCGAGCUGUCUGGUGGGGGCUGGCGCGGAGGUGGGUGCCGGGAACUGGGUCCAGAACACGCCGCUGCACUGGGCUGCAUGA